UUCGGCGAGUGAGUGUUGCGCGCUUCAUUCCGAUGAGAUAGUGUAUAGACUCUCUCUCUCUCUCAUACACACACACACACCGUGCUGAACGCCGCGCUCUGUGUGUUUAUUCCGGAAGGGUUUCUGAGUGCACGGCGGGGGACCUGGGGAUUCUGGCUGCACGUUUCUCUUUCCAGUGUCUUUUUGUUUUGUUUUUCAAUAAAGAAGGAUUGAGCGGGUUUGGGGAAACUGUGUGGCCGCAGAGAUGAUGGUCGGGGAGAUCGAAGUGAAGGAGAGACCGAGGCCGAGUCCUGACUAUCUCAUGCAGUUACUGAACGAGAAGAAGCUGAUGACCAGCCUGCCGAACCUGUGCGGGAUCUUCACACACCUCGAGAGACUGCUGGAUGAAGAGAUAAACAGAGUGAGGAAGGACAUGUACAACGACACGGUGAGCGGUUUGGUAGACAAACAUCCUCUGGAGCUUCCCGAGGCUCACGGCCCCAUCGUCCAUCUGCAGGAGAAACUCUUCGUCCCCGUCAAAGAAUACCCCGACUAUAAUUUCGUAGGCCGGAUUCUGGGGCCACGAGGUCUCACGGCGAAGCAGCUGGAGGCGGAAACGGGCUGCAAGAUCAUGGUCCGAGGAAAGAGCUCCAUGAGGGACAAAAAGAAGGAGGAGCAGAACCGAGGCAAGCCGAACUGGGAGCACCUGAACGAGGACCUGCACGUUCUCAUUACGGUGGAGGACACGCAGGCGCGAGCCGAGAUCAAGAUGAGGAGAGCCGUGGAGGAGGUGAAGAAGCUCCUAGUGCCGGCGGCGGAAGGAGAAGACAACCUGAAGAAGAUGCAGCUGAUGGAGCUGGCCAUCCUUAACGGCACCUACAGAGACACCAACAUCAAAGCUCCGAACCUUGCGUUCUCUCUUGCAGCGGCGGCCGCGGCGGCUCAGGGCCCUCGGCUGAUCGCCGCCCCCGCCGGUCAGGUGCUUCCGCCUUCCUUGCGCCCCCCGACCCCGGCCGGCACGCCCAUCAUGAACCUCAUCCGUCCCGCGCAGAUGCCCGCCAUGCUGCCCAACGCCACCCCGACGCUGGUGCCCCCGGCGCCCGACGCGGGCAUCAUCUAUGCCACGCCCUACGACUACCCGUACGCCCUGGCGCCCACCUCUCUCCUGGAGUACCCCAUCGAGCACGGAGGCGUCCUAGGUAAGCGGGCGUGGGGGCUCGGUGCUUCAGGCUUUGGCGGGCAUCAGGACGGCACCGCCGCAGCGUUUUACGGGGGCGGCUUGGACAUGGCCAUGUCAAGCCCCGCCCAGGACUUAGUGCAAGGUGCAAUGGCUACUAAAGUGCGGAGACAUGACUCACGGGUCCAUCCUUACCAAAGGAUAGUGACCGCAGACAGAGCCGCCACCGGCAACUAACAAAUGACCUCUGACCUCUGAACUCUUCACCCAAUGAUGAGCCGCCCCAAGCCUGCCUGCUGAAUCAGAUUAACUGGUAAUUGCCUUUUGCUAGCCUGUUGGACGCUGAGAAAACCAGAGGCACCUGUGACCCCUAACACACACCACAAACCAACACAAACCGCAACAAGAUCUCAAACGCCUACACACACACAAACAAAAACAAACAAAAGUUGUGUGAUGAUUUUUCUACGUUAGGCGUUUGUGUAUUGACUGUUUUUUUUUUCUCAAAUUUUAUUUUUCUCUCUCUCUAUAUAUAUAUCUUUAUCUAUCUUUUUGUCCUCUCUCACUCCCCCCCCCCCCAACACCUGCUUGUUUCUUUCUUUUUUUCUUUCUCAGUAACUCACGAGUCAGAUGAUGUUAUUAGUAGCGAAAAUCUGCACUGAGUAGUUAAUAAGCAAUAAAAAAACUUACUAUUAAUAAGAUAUAUUAUUUUCCUCAGUAACAUAAACAUCCUCACUGACGCUCCAUAGUUUAAAUUCGGAUUCGAUCAGGAUUUAGAGGAAAUCUUCACCCAAAAAUAAUAAGAAAAGAACAAAAAGGAAGAAGGAAAGAAACCCCAUGCACACACACACACACACACCUGUUUUGUGUUAUUGUUAUGUGCAGCUCUGUUUUUGUUUUGUUUUUUUCUUUUUAUUUCUUCCCUUUAUCAGCGCCGACACAUUCUGGGUGCGUCUGAGUUGCAUGGCUAAACUAUAGACUGCUUUGGGGGGUAAAAGCAGAAGCAUUUUCCCCUUUUUUUUUUUGUGGACGGGUGUUUUUUUUUUUUUUUUUUCCUCUCUUUUUCUAUUUCUCUCUGUCUUAUAAACAUAAAUACAAAACAGUUUAAGCUUAAUCACACCUGCGAGGUGGGUGCCACGCUUAGCAGGACAGGACAGGACAGGGGUCGCGAAGAGUUUUCCAGAGUAUUCUCAGUAAAUCUAGGAUUUUUUUGUUUGUUUUUUGGGCUGUGGAGAUUUGGGCAGGAGGAGUUUCAUGACUCGCCUACGCCACCCCAAACCACCCCCAGCCACAACAAAUACAGUGCCUGAAGUUUAUACUUUUUGUCGUUUGUUUAUUACUAUUUUUUUUUUUUUUUGAAUGAGCUGUGAGACAAAAAACAAAAAAAAAUGAUUAUAACAAUAACAGAAAAAGUAUUGUGUGCGUAUUUAGCCAAAGGGUUACAGUUUAUCUUUAUACAAUUACGUUAAGCGCAAGAUGGGUUUUUUUUUUUUGUUUGUUUUUUAAAAAGUCUAGAAUGCUUAAGGAAAUGUGUGUGACGUGCCUGUGUACGUUUGACUUCUGGUCAAAUCGCAUGAAAAAGACAAUAAUCCUUCAGCCACUGUGCUUCAGCCUCGCUCGACUUAAACACUAAGAAUCAUGAUUAUGAAUCAGACAAGGAGUUUCUGUACAUACCUGUGUUUUAUUAAACGUCAUUUCCCCCUUCAUGACACCCCCUACCCCCCCUGGGCAAACGUUUAAUUCUUAAACCUUUAAAAUCAGGACAAGUAAAAAAAAAAAAAAUCUAUUUUUCCCCCCUUUGUUUUUAUUAAAACAAAAAAAAAGAAAUCGAAAAUAAUUCCAAUAGCGCUUAUCCAAAAUGUGUCCCUCUCUUUUGUCCCCCCCGUCCCCCCCUUAACACACAAAAAGUGUCAUCUAAGUUCUCAAAAGAAAAAAAAAACAAAAAACUAGGAUGUGAAAGCCAUGUCUGCCUGUUCAAAUUGCUUUAUACAUACAUGAUUCUAUAUAUAAAUGUAUAAAAAAAACUAAACAAAAAUGAAUCUAUAUCUGUAUACAAGUGUAGAUAACAUCGUUGCGUAUUAAGAUGCUGAUACGAUCAAAAUUAGAUACUUUUACAGGGUGCUGGAGAAGAAAAUAUAUUUUUGGCAAUUUUAGCUUUUUAUACUUCACUUGCAGUUGUACAAAAAAAACUAAGGAAAAAAAACAAAAAAAAAAACAAGAAGGACAAAGUUUGAGUAAAAAGAUGAUUUUGCUCUUGGCGAUGAUGAACAGUGUUUUGUUUAUUUUUUAUUUUUAUUUUUUUCUCCUGGUCUAAGCAUUAAAGCGAGGGGAAGUAUUAGAAAUUUGUAAAAGAGGGACAAAAAGUGCCUUAUUGAUGGGUCUUUUUUUUUUUUUCCUCGUUUUUUUUUUUUUUUUUUUCUUCUUCCAAGUUACAUUGUGUUCGGUAAAAAUUGUGCGACACCGGUGCUCAGCACAUAGAGAAGGAGAACACGUGAUAAGUGUGGAGUUCGAUCGAUCGUCGCCCAGCUGUGCCACUCAAUCUACUCUAUGCAAAAUAAUAAAAAAAUAAAAACGAGAGAUAUAGAUAUAAUAAAUAUAUAUAAAGAAUAGCAGUCAUUUGACCAGCUAACUACGUGCCAUGAUUUGUCUUCCCGAGAUUAGGUUAAUGUUUUUCUCUCUCUCUUUUCUCUCUUCCUUCAUCCCUCCCUCCUGUUCUUCUUCUCUUUAUGCCAUUUGAACAAAAGAUUUUCUUGGUUUCUAAUCUGUGUCUGUUCUCUAUUGUUACUGUUAGAAGCAAACUGCCAUUUAAAUAAAAAUAAUUAAGAUUUUUUUCUAUUAAAAUUUCAUGUUACUUUUUUUUCUUUUUUUUUACAUUAUUAUUUUUUAAAUAAUAAAAUUCCUCAGCUGUUACGGAAGCCUAAAAAAAAAAAAAACUUCGCCGGCUCGUAUUAAAAAUUCGUCGGCUACUUCAAAGCAUUUAAAUAAUUACAAAAAAAAAAAAACUUUACUGGUAUUUCAGAUGAAAUUCCUUAAUUCUAUGGCAGCCUGUUUCAUUCUGUCCUCUCGAGCUGUUACACAGGAAAGGUCACUUUGUUUUUGUUUGUUACUUUUCCUUUUUUUUUUUUUUUUCCUUGUGUUUUUUUUUUGUAAUGAAAUGCAAUAUCAGACUGGAGGUUUGAGAAGACAGCCCUGACUCAAAAGCAGUAUUACGAUGAUAAAUGCCCUCCGCGAUGUUACUACAUGCUGUCGGUCAUGUUGUUUUAAAGGUCGAUUUAAGUCCAUCAGGUCUUUAGAGAAAUCUCUUGUAUUCUCUCCUGCCUGCCUAAUACAUGUAUAAUAAUGUAAUUUACAAUCAUUGUUACAGGUUUCUAAUGUAUUUUUCUAACUUCAUUUUAUAUGUGUAUUAUAAAAUCACUGUUCUGGCUUAUUUUUCUUUCUUUCUUUUUUUGAUGCCCACUACAAUUUUUUUUUUAAACUCACCUCAGUUUUUGCUGUCUCACUCAGAAACUCGAGUCUCUCGUGUUGGGAGCGUUGCCUUUCCAACAUUUAGAUUUUCAUUUCCUUUGCCAGUCUCUAGCUUGUUUAACUCAUUAGCGACUUUAUUAAUUUUUAUUGUUUUUUUUCCCUCUUGUCAAGAUUUUUACAUGCUUGCAUUUAGUUUUCAUGGUGUAUGCUGUUAUUUUCUUAUUAACUCCUCCCCCUUGCCAUUUAUUUUAAUAAAAAUAUUCUUAGUAAGAAUUUUACUAACUUUGCUGAUAUUUUUUUUUAUUUGUCGGUCUUGUGUUUAACCUGUUGAAUGAAUGUACUACUCUUGACCUGGUUCACGGACUAACACGAUUAAAAAAAAAAAAAAGCGAUAAAAAAAACAACAACAGAGAUGAAGGAAUCGCACUAACACACUGCACUACAAUACACACACUUUUAACCUGCUUAGAAUUACACUUAUACACUGGAUCUUGGUCAUGGGCACACACUUACUCACUCACACACACACACACACACGCACACAAUAACUGGAAAAGUGCACGGUCUGGUCAAUCCUCACUUUGCUCUCCUGACUCGAACCCACACUUUCUGUCUCAUACAAAACACACACAACUUUUAACUUGGGAGCCCUUAAGGCUCUUGAAACAAUUAGUUUAUUAAAAUUUAGUUAAUUAGAAGUCCUGUUCUGGAAAAAAAAUCAACAACUGAGAUUUUUUUAUUCCUCUGUUACACUAAAGCAAAUUUCUCAACAGCAGAUUAAACUUACUUUCCUCUAAAAAAUAAACAAGGAGCAGCAGGUUCGUUCCCGUUGUCACUUGCGUUAUAGCAGUUGCAGACGGCCGUCACUUCACCAGCUCUUUCAAUAUGAAGCAUUCAAAUAAAAAUUCACGUUCAUUAAUGAAUUAAUAAAAAAAUAAUGCAGUGAAGAUUUUUAUCUAAACGUUUCAGCUUUAACUUUAUCAACCACUACAACCAUUUUAACACUAUUUGUCCCAUGUGCGCGCGGUUACUAUGUUAUAUAACGUGCUAAUAAAAGGCGUUCAAGUCAAAGUGGGACUUUUGGUUGUACGGAAUAAAAACUCCCUUUAUUUCUCUACAUAAUCACAUGUCCAAAAGUCCACACUUUUUGGACCCACAAAAAGAUUACGCUCGGAUACGCUCUUUUUGUGGGUAUUACACGAUUGGUCCCGGUUUGACUCGAACGCCCCAAAUUUUUAUAGGAAAUUGACAAACCUCUGACAAGAACCCUGGAUUAUUAUAGUGAUUUCUUCUGAUAACUUUCUGAUUCCUUUAACACCACACGAAUUUGCCGGCUACUACUAAUGAUUUUUUUUUUUUUAAGUGAUAAAAAAUCUAUUUAUCACUAAAGUAAGUUUGAAUGUCUCAAAACAAGUUAGUUUUAUAUAUAUAGCUAUAGAAGUCAUUCCCUUAUCAGUGUAAUAAAAAAAUAAUUACAUCAUCUGAUCGUUUUAGCUACAGUUUCAACCGCAGGAUCUAAAGGUAGUGUAGCGCCUGCUGUCUGAGUCUCUUAGCAUAUUAAAUGUCAACCAUGAUACUUUUAAUCUUAUUUCCACUUUAAGUUUUUAAAAAUCCCUUUUUCCCCCCUUUUCGAAGGAUUGAAACUUCUUAUGAGUUAAGAAAUAACAUUUUCAAAGCGAGCACUUUAAAAUAAACCCAUGACAUGAAAACACGACAGUUCGUCACAAUUGUGCUUCUCUACGAUACGACUUGGUAAUCAGGAAGCUUUUCAUCAGUGGAGUAAUAAAUAAAAGCUGCUGGUCUUUACACCGGGUGGAUUCUACAGCUGACAUACGGAGCGUUCCAUCAUAUUCCAUCACGGCGAAUUCUCACAGCUCUGUCAGAUUUCACACUGUUUCAAAAUUUUCUCAGCAGGACGCCACUUACAGCAAAAAUCCCCUUCAUUUAUCCCAGGUGCUUUUAGGACCCCUCUUCCCCCCCAGCGAUUUUUGAGUGCCACGUGCUCUCGCAGGCCGUCGGUGUCGUGGAAGUGCCUUCCGUCAGUGCAGAGUCUAUUUCAGCUUCUCGACUGCUGACAAUAAAUAAAUAUAUAUAUUUUUUAAAUUAAUAUAAACAAGCUUGUACUUGCGAGAGCUGCUUGUCUCGUUGCCAUAGAGACAGAACGGUAGUUUCAUCAACGUCCAACAUGUUUAUGAAAUAUUUCAUCCUUUUCUAAAUUUUUUUAUUGCCUUACAGCUUUUUUUUCCUGUUCAUUUGAAACCUCAAGCACAAUUAAUAACGCAUACUAAUUUGUUUUGGUUUGGUUCUCCUAAUCCUGACAUCAGUUUCUUCCUCUUUUUCCUUAAAAAAAUCUUUAAACUGUUUCUUCACUAAUUCACCAGCUGUCUCGACUGACGCACAUGCAAACAUUAACUUUCAUUAAUCUGUUUUUUGAGAGCCGCUUUAACCCACUGAGUGAUACAAAUACAGGUUUUAAAGAAAUCUUUUUCCGUUAUAAGUCAAUUUCUGAUCUAAUGCUGUUUUAAAAUAAAUAAAUAAAAACGCUCGCUUUAACGCCGCAUAAGACUAAGACUUUAGAUUGUAAUUGUGUUAUGCUAGAUUUUUUUUUUUUGGCUUUUUUGUUUGUACUAGGGAGAUUUUAAACUUUUGAAUGUACAAUACAGUAAACAAACCUUUAACUAAAUCGCUUUUUUAAAAAAAAAUUCCAUCCUGCGCCAUAUGGCAACAGUAUAUUCUUUUAUGUUGUUCCUGUUAUGUUCUGUAAAAGAAAAUAAGCUUUUCUUUAUUUUUGUAACAGCUCCACUUUACCAUUCAGAUAAAGAAACAAUCAUUUCUUUACUGGAUUGAAUUGAGGGAUACUAAAGCACAAAGAAUUUCAAGCACUGCCAUAUCGCUCGCUGAAAUAUAAAAAGGGGGGGGGGGGGUUCUGUUAUUCUAGGUUUUAUAGAUUUUCACGAACUGGGCCUCAUUUAUCAGGACAUGUGUGAACAAAUUUAUUUGUGAAGCUUUUAUUUACAAGAAUAUUUACACCAAAAAAUUUAGAAAUUCCUGCAUUGAUUGAAAGUUUGUGGAAAUUUACAUAUAAGACGAUUCAGUAAUUUAUAGAAGCCCUGAAUUGUAUUGUUUAGGCCCCUCCCAGUCAUAAUUUUUGAAGUAGUUUCUUGUUUUUUUUAUUUUUUAUUUAGGAGAUACUGAGUAAAUAAAAUAAGGACUCUGAGUAAGCAGUAGUAAAGCGAUACUGAAUCAAAAUAAGAUCCUUUGUAAAAAAAAUAAAUGUACUAAAUCGAAAUCAUGAGAUAAAAUUCAAAAUAAUAAGAUACUGAGCCAAAAUAGAGAGAUAAAGUCCAAAUAAUGAUUUGGUAUUUUAAAAUAUAGUGAUGCACAAGAAUUUUGAAAGACUGAGAUGUUGGUAUCAUGUCUUUCAUUAGUACUGUAAAUUACUGUAUAAGAAGAUUUACUAACAUAUGGAAGCCCCGAACCUAAUGGUGCUCACGGGGUGGUUGGUUAUUUUGUCACUAUUUUGAUUUGGUAUCUGGCUCUUCUGAUUUGCAAGAAAUUGAGUGAAACAAUAAUGAGAUACCAAAUAAAGCUUGAGGAACAUGUCAAAAUACAGGCUAAAUCAAUGAGAUUCAAGUGGUGGAUGUAAAAAAAAAAUAAAAAUA